UGCAGUUUUCGCGACAUGGCCCUCGGUUGGAUUCGUUAGCUUCUGUUUGCUUAAUAUAAAAGCUGCUGUUUGGUCUUUGCCUAUACAGUUUCGUUAGCCGGCAACGUAAGGGGUGUGAGUUACGCGCAAUGAACACCAGGGAAUGCUGCAUAAAAGACAACUGGUAUGGAGGCCAGGAAAGAAGUGGGGAAAAGGGUGCAGGCAGCCAUAGUAGCUCGCUGCCCAAAACGAGAGAAGUAGCAGGCGCAUGGUGGAGUGGUAAAACGGUCUGGGUAAGAGGGGCCGAAUUUGCCUCAAGCCUGGCUGCAAACCGCCAGCAGAAAAGGGCCAUCCUUUGCGGCUACCGAGCGUCCAGUAGAACCGCCAGCCGUGCUCUUCGCGCAAUGGCAAGACACAUUGGUGCCUCGCUCCUCCAAUCGAAGUAUCAAAUCGGGGCUAUGGGCUGUUGAGCAUAUAGAAUCUGAUGUGUACCUCUUGAAGCUUUUUUCAAUUGUGGGCGCGAGAAAUAAGUAAAGUAGCGCACAGAACUGAAACCCCUCGUUGCUCGUUUCUUUUUGCUGGUGAUGAGAGCAAGCCUCAGCGGUUAUUAGAAGCGAAUGAAAUCGGCUAGAGGAAAAAAAAGAAAGUGCUUCGCCAAUUGAGUGAGAAAAAGUGCUGGGCCUUUGAAACCUGUCCCAAAGAAAAAACGCACCGCCAGACGCGGAAAUCGCUGGAUUAGCGCAUAUAGCACCAAUGACGACAUGGCUUCCCCCCCUUUGAAGGGCUCUUCCUCCUCAUUAGCAUUUUUCAACAUUUUAACUUCA